CCAGAGUGCUCUCACUCUGGCAGCUGCCAACAUUCACAGGUUUCUCCUGAUCUCCUGCAUCCACCAGCAUUUGGGAAUUAAAUAAGACCUAACGAUGGCCAACUUUGGAGGCCAUGCCAUUCCUGGCACUUUUUUCCUGUUCCUUGGCUUUUGGCUAACAGCCAAACGCAUUCUCCAUCACUACUGGAGGACAAGUCAGCCCAAAGGAAGACAGAAUAUGCCACCUUUUUUUAAAAGAAUGGACUACUUUGAAGGAGGACUCCAAAUCUUUGCUUCAUUUGUGGGUAUUAUGGUUGAACAGUUUGUGGUGGAUGGGCCGCAUGCCCACCUCUAUGACAGAGAGAACAGCUCCUGGGUCAAGCUGAUGAACUGGCAGCACAGCACAAUGUAUCUGUUCUUUGGGAUCGCUGGAAUAGCACUGGUUGCCACUACUACAUCCAAACUGGUGCCAUUAGGUGUUGACCGCCUUGCUCUCUCCAUGGCUCUUUUUGUCGAAGGGUUUCUGUUCUAUUACCAUGUGCACAGUCGGCCCCAUCUGGAUGCCCACAUCCACUCCUUGCUUCUAGUGGCUGUGUUUGGAGGAUCAGCCAGCACUAUGUUGGAGGUUUUCGUGAGAGACAACAUUAUUUUGGAGCUGCUUGGGGCAUGCCUGUUCAUCCUGCAGGGCACAUGGUUCUACCAGAUUGGAUUCGUGCUAUACCCUUUAAGAGGACCACAGUGGGACUUAGAACUGCAUGACAACGUCAUGUUCGUCACAAUGUGCUUCUGCUGGCAUUUAGCCGUCGCACUGAUUUUAGUCGCCUGCACCUCCUCUGUGGUUUGGUUCACAGUGAAGCGAUUCUCCGGAAGGGGACGGGACAUAGAGAUCGGAAUGCGAAAUACAUCGUCCAAAGCAAACUGCCAGAAAGCUUUGCUUGAAGAGUCAGAUGAAGAGUGAAUGUUUAGUUG